AUGGCGUCAAGCGUGCGCGCUUCGAUGGACUUCAACGGGCCUUUGAACGCCCUGUCCACGUCGCCAAACAACCGUCUGAUUGCUGUGGGUGGUCGAGAUGUGCUCAAAAUUGUGGCUCUUGAAGCUUCGGGCUUUACGGAGAAGCGCAAUCUGCGUGUCGUGGGCAAGCCAAGUCUCAAUUUUAGCACCAACGACAUUCGCUGGCAUCCACAUUCGGCCUAUUUAUUGGCCACUGCCGCAACGAACGGUGCUGUUGGGAUCUGGAACUUGGAGCGAGAUGGGUACAAGCACGUUCAAGAGCGUGUGUUGAACGGACAUCGACGUGCAGUGAACCGCAUUUGCUGGCACACGACGGACUGGAAUGUGCUUAUCAGUGGUUCACAAGACGGCACUGUGAAGCUUUGGGACAAACGAGGAGGCAAAGUCGUGUCGACGUACCAGCCAAAGUCCGAAAGCGUCCGUGACGUACGUGCGAGCCCGUUUCACCCCAACAAGUUCGCUGCUGCGUUUGAAAAUGGCAUCGUGCAGGUCUGGGAUAUGCGCAAGAACGCACAGCCCGAGCUCAAGUUUACGGCUCACAAGGGCUUAGUAUUGACCGUCGACUGGCAUCCGACCAAUGCGAACGUACUAGCCUCCGGUGGACGUGACCGCUAUGUAAAGAUCUGGGAGCUGGCGGAUGUUCGACAGCCGAAGCAAACGAUCCAGACAAUUGCUAGCGUCGGCCGUGUAGCUUGGCGACCAGCCGGCGUGAUGCAUAUCGCCACUAGUGCUUCGCUCAUGGACAACAGCAUUCAUGUGUGGGACACGAAGAGACCGUUUAUUCCUGUGGCGUCUAUGAAAGGCCACUCGGACAUUGCGUCGGGUAUCUCAUGGAUGGACACACCUGUGUCGUCAAAUUUUAGUCAGCCUGAAAUUCCAGGAGACUGGGAAGGCCAUGACUACUGGCAGCACAUGCUAGCAUGUUCCAAAGACGGUACACUGAAGCUCCAUUCUCUUGCGGACUCGUUCAAGCUGCACCAAUCGCUGCCGACGACGGCAUUAGCCCUUAACUCGAAAGGCCAAGUUGCGUUUUCGCAUGACUAUAUUGACCGGUCGUGUGCAUCGCUGAAGAUUCACCGUCAUUCCGGUCUUGGCAGCUCACUCUUUACGGUUGCAGGGGUGUCGUCUGCCUCUCCACCCCUUUGUCCUCGAAGCGAGGAUCGGAAACUAGGUACCGGUCCAUUGACAAUGUCGCUCAGUCCUUUCCAAGGCAGCUCGACCAGUCCAGAAGAUACUGGCGCAGUUGCAAUGCAGGACCAGUCGUCUGGACGCACGACCUCAUGGUCAUUUGGAGCAGGUUCGCAGCAACCGCCUUUACCACCGAAAGUGUUGAACCGAUCCGGCGGGAGCUGCACAAACCUAGGUGUGUUAUCUACCGCGCCUUUAUCGACAGGUAGUCUCAAGUGUGCCGGGGGGAGUAGUAGCCUCAAUAUGGCAAGUGGAGUGGGUUCUGCUGGCAUUGCAAGGAACACAGGCUUUACCUCUCAGUCAAGUACGCUGAGUGCACAGGGCAACAACACUGGUGAGGUUGGAUCAAGCACUUUACCAGAAGGGAAUUUCGUACCUGUUUCGAGCGCGUCAGUUUCGUUGGCGUCCGCAUCACCCGUCACUCCUAUGAUGUCUAGCUCAACUGUACCUCGAGCUCUCGUCGCUCUUGUGACGAUGCAAAAUGUCAACAACGCCAGUCAGCUUGAGAGUAUAUUUCUUGGCGAUGAAAGUGAGUACGUGCAAGCUGGUAAAGAAGUGGAAGCAAUGCGCGCUCAGUUUGAACAAGGGCAGCACCUGAAAGAGUCGUUUGGAUUUGAUGAGCACGUGUUCCGCUUUCUAGCCAAACACUACCUACUCUUCUCUGAACGAGGAAGUACCGGCAUGGACGUUUACAAUGGCUCAGAUGGAAUCGGGAGUGUCGGAGAUCAAGUGGUAGCAGCAAAGACCGGUGCAAGCUUUGCGGAAAUGUGCGCGCAUAAUGCUUUGGCGGCCUUUGUCACAGGAAAUGCACACUUGUGCCAGAUGUGGCGUAUUCUCGAGGUCCUUUACACAAACGAGGAAGCCGACGUGAGAAAGAAGGCAAGAUGCAAUGGAAAACUAGACAGCAGUAAACCCUACCUUGACGAUUUCAGUCACCGGGAUCAAGUAGGCAUGUCAAUGCUUAACGAAGACAAACAGGACCUGUCGUCAAGUACCAGCGAUGACGAUGACCGGAUGGAUCAGUUUGUGCGGCAAGAAGGUGGACCAACGGACGAAUCCGAAGAUGAGGCGUACGCCCACGCAAAUUAUAACCGCAACAACCCAAGCGAGACAACCAUGCUGCUCGAGCAACUUGACCACGUCAACCCGCAAGCUAUGGAAGGAUUCGAUCCGUAUCCGUAUGACCCUCGAGGGAGAAUUGGUAACGAAAGUGGGCGUGAGGGAGGCGAUCGUAACGGUGCACCGGGAAUAGCAAACGUGCGUGGCAACUCGUCGACGAUAAUGAACGGGAGCGCUGUGAUGGGUGACUUGGGUCAUCUACGUGAUGGCGUACUGAAAGAACUGCUCGAGUACUACACGGAGAUCGGUGACCUGCAGACAUGCGUUGCUGUUAUCGUUGUUGUGGGGCAAGUGACAAAUGUCGAGAAGGUGAUGGGGAAGUCGUGGUUGCAGCAUGUUUACAUGCACUACAUUGAUCUCCUGCACCAACUACAGAUCUACACGACAGCGAACGAGUUAGUUGCGAAUUGCUCGGACCAAUCAAUUCGGCAAAUGAACAUGAAAUCCACAAGCGCUGCAGUAAUGCUGCUACGUUGUGCUCGAUCUGUCAACUACCCGUCCGAGGUCUCUAUGUAUGGUGUCCAGUGUGUGCACAUGGUGGUCACUUGGCCCAUCUGA